UGCUCGGCGUUGAGCCGCGUUCGCGCUUCGAGCUUCGGGACGCGCUUGAGUCUGGAGACGGGUGCGCGCUGCGGGUGUCCGCGUCUCUCCUCCCCCUCCUCCAUUGCACCCUCUCUCUGAGCCUCUCUUCCCCUUAUAUAUCGGUUUUUUAUGUAUUUAUUUGGAACUCCCCAAUUUUAAUGAGACGCUAGCUGCUUCCACUGUCUCGUCACGCAGGAAUAUACCCACGCCCCCCCACUGUGGGCUUUCAUCUCUGUGACAGCCUGUGAGCCGGCUCGCGUAAGGCAUGCUGCACCUGACCCAGCGCCGUAUCAUUCUACCCUGGACAUUACUUUGGUGACAAGGACAUGGGACGACCUCUGUCACGUUCCAGGCAGUUCAUUACGACUGACACCCUGCUUACUCUCAGUGGGAAGGAACCUGAGUCUGUCUCUCUGUCUUGCUGUGGGACAUCACAUACUCCUAGCAGUAGGAUACAUCAGGUUCUGCAUAUCCUUGAUUAUUAAAGUGACCUUUUCCAAUGAGGAUGUCUGGUACUGUUGCUGUAAAGGACGGCUCCGAAGCCACCAAGGGAUCCGAGACCGACAUGAGACACUCCACCUCUUUAGAAAACCUUAUAAAACCCGAGGGCCCUGAGAAAUCGCCAAGUGACAAAGAGGACGGCUGCUCCACUAACCAGCAGGAUGCUACGCGACCCGUACAGCCCUUGGCCCAAACAGGAAAAAGGUCUAAGUCAAAUUCCAAGUUAAGGCUAGUGCGGAGCCUGGCUGUGUGUGAAGAAUCUCCUCCUCCUUCCACAGCUGAUACACCCCCGGACAUACAGGAAACCACUCAAGUCCAGCUAACGCCGUCCCCCGCAAAGGAAGAGAAGCCGGCGAAGGAUGAGUCUGAGAAGGAAAAGGGGAGCGAGAAGUCGGCGCGCAAAAUGCUGUCAAGAGAUUCCAGUCAAGAAUACACUGAUUCCACGGGGAUAGACCUGCACGAGUUCUUAGUGAAUACACUAAAGAGCAACCCAAGGGACAGGAUGAUGCUGCUGAAGCUGGAACAGGAUAUAUUAGAUUUCAUUGGUACCAAUGAGAGCCAACGUAAAAAAUUUCCACCAAUGACCUCGUAUCACAGAAUGCUGUUGCACCGGGUGGCGGCAUACUUUGGAUUAGACCACAAUGUGGACCAGAGUGGGAAAUCGGUGAUUGUGAAUAAAACGAGCAAUACACGAAUCCCAGAUCAGAAAUUUGAGGAACACAUCAAGGACGAAAAGAACGUAGACUUUCAGAAGCGGUACAUUCUCAAGCGCGAUAAUUCGAGUUUAGAUAAAGAUGAUAAUCAGAUGCGAAUGAGGUUAAAAGAGGACAGAAGGAGCAAAUCGAUUGAAGAAAGGGAAGAGGAGUAUCAGAGGGCUCGCGAGAGAAUAUUUGCACAAGAGUCUCAGGAGAAUUAUCUCAGCGAUAAGAGGAUCCAAGAAGAGGAGAGUAACAGCACGCAGCAGAGACGGCAGAUAUUUAGGAUCAAUAAAGACGCUUCGGGCCGCUCGGGGAACAGCCUCUUCAGCAGCACGGAGAAUGACGGCAAGUACAACGAGCCUCGCCCUUGGAGCAGCACGGACUCAGACAGCUCCAUCCGGAACCUAAAGCCGGCAGUCACCAAAGCCAGCAGCUUCAGCGGCAUCUCCGUUCUGACGAGGGGCGACAGCUCCGGCAGCAGCAAAAGCACAGGCAGGCUUUCCAAAGCAGGUUCAGAGUCUUCUAGUAGUGUAGGGUCGUCCACUGGCUCUCUGUCCCACACCCAGCAGCAGCCGCAGCAGCAGUCUCUUCCAGUAAACGCUCUAAGCCAGCCAGCCCAUGGCACCGCUGCCGUCUAUCCACCUGUCAGCACUAGUAAUUCUCUUUCCUUUGAUGGCGCUAUAAAUGGCCAAGUGACUCCUCCUAGCGCUAGCUUCUUUUUGCUUCCCCUGGAAGCCACAGGCAUUCCCCCGGGCAGCAUUCUGAUCAACCCACAAACAGGUCAGCCAUUUAUAAACCCAGAUGGGACUCCAGUUGUGUACAACCCUCCUGUCACUCAGCAACCAGUUAGGACCCAAGUGCCUGCACCUGCCCCGCCUCCUCCCCCGGUGCCGCCUCAGCAACCCACCAAUCACAUACUGUCCCAGCCUCUCCGGUCUCUGCCGUCUUCUGCACAACCUGUUCAGUACUCCGCAGUCUCUUAUCCGCCCCCGCUCCUGCCAGUCUCACCCACCCAGCAGUACACUGUGCCAGAUAACCUGGGAUCCCAGUUUAGCCAUAUGAGUCUUGCCAGGCAGCCAUCUGCGGACAAUUCAGAUGCUCAUUCGACAAUGUUCCAGUCAACAGUGGUGCUUCAACCGUCUGCCCAACCUGGAUAUAUCAUGGCCCCGCCUCCACCCCCAGCACCCCCCCUCGGGCAGUCUGUGCCUCCUCCCACUUACUCAGCCUCGAACCCGCCCGUUAACCAGCCAGUCAUGCAGCAACAGGGAUUCAUGCAGCCAUCUAUACAGCAGAUACCGACGUGUUACUGUGCCCCAAACCAAUAUCCACACUCCAGUCAACAAUAUCGGCCAGUGGCGUCCGUCCAGUACAGUUCCCAAGCCAGCCAAUCACUGCCGCAGGCUGCCCACACCACAGGUUUCCCCACUGUAAUGUCCAACCAGCAGCCGAAUUUCCAGGGCAUCGUCCAGCAGCCUCAGAACCAAGCGCUAGUUGGUGGGCAGCCCAGCAACCUUACAAACCCCAUUCAGGGGGUGAUGGUGCAGUACUCCUCAGUGCCCUCCUAUCAGGUGCCAGUCCGACAGAGCUCUCAGUCUGUGUCGCAGCAGCCAUACCACCAACCGGUGCUGAUUCCUAGUCAGUCCAACCCAGGGCCGUUACCCGCAGCAGGAAUGCCGGUGUAUUAUAGCGUCAUAUCACCCGGGCAGCAAAACAACAUGAGCUCCUCAGUGGGAUUUAUCCAACCGUCAGGAUCUGAACCAAUACAGUUUAACAGAACAACAUCACCGUGCAAUACGCAGCCUAUGCCGGGCCCUCAGUGUGGAGCUGUGCCGGCGCCUCCCCCUGGUGGUGGAAUGGUGAUGAUGCAGCUGAAUGUACCUAAUAAUCCUCCACCUCAGACACAUUCACCACCUCAAUGGAAACCAAAUAAAUAUUACUGUGACCACCAGAGAGCGCAGAAGUCUAUAGAGUACAGCAGCUUGGACCAUACCACACAGCAUAACACCCACCUGGGGAGUCCUGUCACCUCGCCCAAUCAGUCCCCUCUGCCUGUUCAUUUAACCAACAUGAAGAACAUUCGGCCCGGCCUCACUCCUCUUCCUCUCGUCACUCAGUUCUCGCGACCAUUUACUGCCGGGCAAGGUGAUACCAGGUAUCCGUUGCUCGGGCAGCCGUUACAUUACAAUGCUCCCCAUGUGAUACAGGGACACAUUAACCAACAGGGGCAGCCUGGCCACCGGCACGGAAACAGAGGAAAGAAGGCUCCCAAAAAAGCCGCUUCCACAGACCUUUGCCCGGGGGACCCAGUUGUUUCCGGAAUGGGGAAAGUCCUUGAGAUCACGGAGCUGCCGGAGGGGAUUAGCCGCAAAGAUGCCGAAAUGCUUUUAGGAGACCUGUCGAAGGCCGGCGCCAGUAUCCGGUGGCUGCGGGAGCCUCGCUCCCAACCAACCCCACACCACCCGCACUAUUGUGGCAGCGGGGAGAACCACACGAGCAGCGAACACUCCAACGCCUCGCCGGACCUGGCCUCCACCUACACCAUCGUAGCCACUUUCCCCACCGUGUCGGCCGCUCAGAGCGCGCUGAAGAAACACAAUAACUUCAUGAACAAGUUCAGACUGAAAACAAGCAGAAAGCACUACGAUUUCCACAUUCUAGAAAGGGCCAGCUCUCAGUAAGAGACCUUUGCGUGAUCCCCCCCCCCCCCAUUCCCCAAUGCCAUUACCAGUCCCCCCCCCAGCCCCCCAUUGCCCCCUCAUGCAGCGACACCUCGAGGCUGGACCCAGCGGAACCAGUGGCGGCAGAACGAAACACCAGGAUAAACUCUUCCUUUCCUUUUAUAGUCUGUUUGUUUUAUAUUUAUAUUUCUGUAUCGGACCCAAAGUUCUCUUGUACAGAAAAAGAUAAUGUUGUUCAUAAUGAAUGCCCAAUGUUAAAAAAAAAAAAAAUGAAAAAAAAGAAAGAAAAAAAAUGUGUUUUCUACUUUUUUUCACAGCCAGCACUUUGCCAUCCAUUUUAAUAGAACAGGGUGGGGAAUUAAUUGCUGCGCUUAUGAAAUAUUAAUAUAUAUCUAUAAGAGAUAAUAAAUAAACCUAUUACUGCUGGAAUAGGAAAUAGUCCUGUGGCCCCGGCUCCUAUACAGACGGAACUACUUACGCGCUUUACAGUGACCUCCCAAGAGUUAAACCCGACUAAAGGCCUUGAACAUUGUAAAAUACAUUGUCCGAAAAAGAUUUUUAUUGCUUUUUUUUAUAUUAUUAGAGACCAUUCAGGGGGAUAGAGUUUUUUAAAUAAAAGAUUAAAAAUGGUAAGUUGUUUUGGGUGGAAAUUUUAUAUAAUUUUAUAGCUAAUUAUUUCCCCCCCAGUCUGGGCAUCAGAGAGAAGAAUGGUAAGAACCUGACUGUCAUGGCAGCCUGCGGAUCUGAAGGGUAGAUGUU